AUGGCGUUUCCGGAGAAGAAGAGGAAGAAGAUGGAGGAGCCAUCGUCGACGCUGCAAAUACUGACCCAAAAUCCGUCACUUCCCGAUGAGCUGCUUAUGACGUGCGUGGCACGCACGUCAAGAUUGGACUAUCCGACUCUAUCCCUCGUCUCCAAGAGCUUUGGAUCUCUACUUGCUUCACCGGAGCUUUACAAGGUACGAUCAAUGUUGGGACAUACCGAUCUUUGUCUAUAUGUAUGCUUUAAGUCAUCUUAUGAAUCUCGCUUGUUCACCCUUUGCAGAAAACCUGAUCAAACCCUAACCCUAGCCAAUAAGGAGAAGAAGAAGAAGACCUCAAGUGGGUAUGCUUUGGUUAGAGUCCCACUUCACCACUCUCCUGGUGACGGGUCACCGGUUCUUGUAGCGGUUGGUUCUGAUAUCUACAACAUCGGAUCCGAAUCCUACUACAAUGAGCCAUCCUCUAGCGUCUCUGUUAUGGAUUGUCGGUUUCACACUUGGCACGAGACAACAAGCAAGCGUGUGGACCGGAUGUUACUUUCUGCUAGCGUCGUUGAUCGAAAGAUAUACGUAGCAGGAAGCCAUAAAGAUUCAUUGGAGGAGUCUUUCGAGGUGUUCGACACAGAAACACAAGUUUGGGAAACUCUGCCCAUCCCUCCGGAAUUCCCGCCUCGCGACUUGAAAGAUUUCAAGGUUUUAAAAUCCAAAAGCGAAUGUUUUGAGGGAAAGUUUCACGUGAAUACUCACGAUGGAGUGUUUUGCUACAAUCCCAAGGAAGGUAGAUGGGACAAGUCUGCACCAAGAAUGAGUUCGCUUUGUUUUUCAGAACCUUGUUGCGAGAUAGGUAAUGUUUUGUACACGUUUUGCGACGACGGAGUGUUGAUAUGGUUUGACACUAAGGUUAGGAGGUGGAGAAAUCUGAAGAGUUUGGUAGGACUGCCUAGGUUGCCUCCUGGUGUUUCUGGUCGAAUGGUUGAUUAUGGUGGUAAUAUGGUGGUUUUGUGGGACGAGAAUUUGCGGUCUAGUGGCGAGAAGAUGAUUUGGUGUGCGGAGAUUGCGCUUGAAAGAUGUGAGAAUUGUAAGAUUUGGGGAAAAGUUGAGUGGUUUGAUCAUGUGCUUACGGUUCCUAUGGGAUAUAGUUUCGGGAAUGUUGUUGUUGCUACCGUUUGA